GGCUUCGAUGGCGAACAGAAUUUAAGUUCUGUCGAAUGUUUCCAGCGCUGUGAGACUUCAUCCGUGCAUAAUCGACGACGGCAUCAUCACCUUCGUCUAACAGACGAUGGAGACGACGAUGGUCGUGUUUCUGUAGUAAUGGUUGAGGAGGAAGAGGAUGAAGACUUCACUUCAGAGGAACAACCACUACAAGUUCCAUCCACCUCACAAACUCUUCCAUCAGUCAUCAAGGAUCUUCGGCGAAACGAGAACCAUCUCCCUUCCAACGUCUUACAUCAUCAACGUCGUCGACGUGGAAGGAGCAAGAAUUUGCGUGGACGUCGGCCGUUACGGCACUGCAAGUCCAGGGAUGAUGAAGAUUUGGAGGAGUGGUUAGAAGAAGGACCGAGGAGUCUUCUAGCUCCCCGAUUGGCUGGUGGUGGAAUGUCUUUUCAUCAAACAGAAUUGGUUAGCAUCGUCGGUCAGAAUGUACCGAAUAUUGGCCAGCCUUCUAGCAGCUCUCAGAGGGUCACCCAUAGUGAUGAAGGAUCGAUAGAUUUACCGACAGUUACUACUGAGGGUCUCGACUCCACCGAGAGUCUGAUUGAAUCUCUCACUUUCCAGUCAACGGCUGGUAGUGCCGGUGAUUUGGGUCAAGAUACUUCCUCGCCCGUUCCUCUUCCCUCUCCAUCUCAACCCCUCCUUUCGCCACUUCCUCCUCCUACACCCCCACCUCAUGCUGCUAGUUUGUCCACUUCAAUGGAUGCACCCCACGUGUCCGACGAGACUUUCGCCGAUUGGCAAUGGCUCCCCGCCACAUCACUUAUUGCCCAUGAAGGAGGGGUCGGAGUUGGUGUUAUACCCCUCUAUUAA